CCUGGGAUCACCUGGGAGCAGAAACCAGGUCAUUACAUAACCCCUACGCUUAAUUUUAAAAGGCCCCAACAGUGGUUGUUGAGUUUAGGGUUGGCCAGGUCCUGGAGCUCCUUCCUAGGACUUGGUGGCAGUUACUCUGAGAGGAUUUCAGAGCCCUGGAGAGAUGACUAGACAGCACAGCAAGGACUUCUCUGGGCCGCAGACCCAUCACAGCCACUUCCAGAACUUCAGAGAAAAAGCCUACAAAGUGUUUCCGAACCUCUUUAGUGAUUCCAGCUUCCUCAACCUGCCCUCAGCAUCUCCAAGCUUUAAUGUGCCUGUUUGCAAAUCAUCACUUUUGGAUGAUCAAGAAUUGGUAUAGUGUGUAGCAAACCAGAAUGAACUAGAAAAAGAAAAAUCCAAGCAAUGGGAACACAUCUGAUAAGUGCAUGGAGCACUGGGAGGAUGGCAACCUGAGAUGCAGUCUCCCACCCUGCACUUUUUCAUCCAAGAUUGUGCCCUACUGCUCCAAGAGGAAGGCUGGGGGUGCCUAGUUACUUACUAACUGUGUGAUCUUGAGCAAGCUACUUCACGUCUCUGAGUUUCCUUUCUCUCAUCUGUCAAAUGAGUAAAAUUAUCGCUCUUUUGUAACACUGCGAGAAAUGAAGCUCUAUACAACGGAACAGCUUGGAAUACAGCUCACAGCAGAGUGCCUGGUCUACCACGUGCAAUGUGAAAUGGGAGCUACGAUAAUAAUAGUGAGAAGUGUUGUGUUCAUCACCUGUCCAGAAAAGAAUGCUGCUGCUUCUGUGAAAGAGUUACAAGGGAAAUUUCCGAGGCAUAGACUACUCCAUCCUGUUUGGAAGACAGUAGAGCCCGUGCCAAGAUGCCCGAGUGCCACUGAGGCCCACGGACAGUCGCCCACUCAUGCUUCUCUAUCAGAUUUGAAGGGUUAUCAGUAAUAUGCUGCCUUCCGAAGAUGAAAAGAAACUAGUGCCAAGAAGGCGUAUUCUCCGCUAUUUGGAAUAGACGUGCUCUUAGGACAAUGGCUUCAAAGGUCUCCUGUUUAUACGUUCUGACAGUUGUGUGCUGGGCCAGUGCUCUCUGGUACUUGAGCGUAACUCGUCCCACUUCUUCCUACACGGGCUCCAAGCCGUUCAGCCACCUAACAGUUGCCAGGAAAAACUUUACCUUUGGCAACAUAAGAACUCGACCUAUAAACCCACAUUCAUUUGAAUUUCUUAUAAACGAGCCCGACAAAUGUGAGAAAAACAUUCCUUUCCUCGUUAUCCUCAUCAGCACCACCCAUAAGGAGUUUGAUGCCCGCCAGGCGAUUCGAGAGACCUGGGGGGAUGAGAACAACUUUAAGGGGAUCAAGAUAGCGACUCUCUUCCUCCUGGGCAAGAACGCUGACCCUGUCCUGAACCAGAUGGUGGAGCAAGAGAGCCAGAUCUUCCACGACAUCAUCGUGGAGGAUUUUAUCGACUCCUACCACAACCUUACCCUCAAAACGCUCAUGGGGAUGAGAUGGGUGGCCACUUUUUGUUCAAAAGCCAAGUAUGUCAUGAAAACAGACAGUGACAUUUUUGUAAACAUGGACAACCUUAUUUAUAAAUUACUGAAACCCUCUACCAAGCCACGAAGAAGAUACUUUACUGGCUAUGUCAUCAAUGGAGGGCCAAUUCGGGACGUCCGCAGUAAGUGGUAUAUGCCCCGGGAUUUGUACCCUGACAGUAACUACCCGCCGUUCUGUUCGGGGACUGGCUACAUCUUUUCAGCAGAUGUGGCUGAACUCAUUUACAAAACCUCACUCCACACAAGGCUGCUUCACCUUGAAGAUGUAUAUGUGGGACUGUGUCUUCGAAAGCUGGGCAUCCAUCCUUUCCAGAACAGUGGAUUCAAUCACUGGAAAAUGGCCUACAGUUUGUGUCGGUAUCGGCGCGUUAUCACCGUGCAUCAGAUCUCUCCAGAAGAAAUGCACAGGAUCUGGAAUGACAUGUCGAGCAAGAAACAUCUCAGAUGUUAGGAUUUUUACCGAUGUAAAUAUGUUUUCUUUUCUCUUUUCUUUUUUUUUUUUUUAAUUAAGAAAUGGGGGCCUAAGAUGUUGGUAUUUUAUAGAUGUCAACAGGGGAAAUGAACUGGUAAAGGGGUUUUGUAAAGUUUUUGCUUCCCGCUCCUAGUUCCUUUCGUGGAUUACCAAUUUACAAAUGGUGGGCUCUGGUCAGAGAAACAAUAAAUGAGUUAGAAGGGCCAGAUCUCAUUCUCAGGUCCCAAGGCAUUGCCAUUUAUCUCAAAAAGCGACUGCCAAACAACUCCUAAGAUUUAUGUACUGUGCAUCUGAGAUAAAAAUUUGGUUAUGGGAAGCUGAAACUCACAGUAAUGUCUUAUCUGGACAAAACUAAAUAAAUAAGUAAACAACUCUUUUUCUAAAACAAUUCAGAAAUGAUGCACAGUCAGGAGGACACAGUAGAUGUGAUUAUCAGUAUUGUAUAUGUUGUUGCAUCGAAUUUUUACAUAUAUUGCCAUGUAACGUGUACAGUAUUUGCAGUUCCACCAAGAAAUGAACUUAGUGCUGGCAGGGAGGCUGCAGUUAAAUAGAUGGGGAUUUAAACUUGAGAAUCAAAUAUUCUGUAGGUUUAGAAGUUAACUCUGCUUGCUCACCCAAGGAUUAAACCUGGUCAGCAGGUGGAAUGUAUAUAAAAUGCUACUUAAAGUAAACAAGAGAAUUCUUUCUUUUCUACCCCCCCCCCCUUUUUGCUCUUUCAGAACAAACAUUACAUGGUGCCUCCCAGGAGACUGUGCCAAAUGUAAUCUCACCUGCUUCCUUUUCUACAGUGUCACUAUGCACAUUUCACAGUUCCUGGAUCUGGCAGGCACCUGUCUCCAAGUAUAGAAAAUAAGUUGAUAGGAGGCCAGAGAACAGAAAAUAGCAUUGAGGAGACACAAAUUUAGGUAUGAAUUAUGAUUAA